UGUAUCAGCUGAGCCAAAUCGGGUCAAGGAAUGAUAUGCCAAGGUUCCAAGGCUGUGUCGACCACCAGCUGCUCAAACAGCCGGGCUGAAGCCCAGCUACUUGAGCACAACUUUGAGUCUCAGAGUGUCAGAUGAUCGACAGGGCCACCGGCCGGUCAUGGUGAUGGUUGAAUCUCGGUGUCAUUUUGCGGAGAUGCUGUGAGAGCAAGAACCGACACCUGUCUGCUUGCUGUCUUCCUGCCUCUCUUUCCUCUGUCCCCCUGUCAGUCUGACUGGCCUCUCUUCCUCUUUCCCCUCUCUCUCUGACCUCUGGCACCUCAUCUCCUUACCUCUCUUCCUCUGCCCCUCCCUCUUUCUUCCUUCAUCUCUUCCUCCUCCUCCUCUUCUAUCCCCCUCCCAUUCUCUUUCCUUCGAUGAAUUUGCCGGAUUCAUGGAUUCCAGGAGGCGACGUAAAGAUCACAGAUAACCCAGAACUCUGGCCAGCCCAGGCUUGGUGGGGGGAGCUCUGAAGCUGAAGGUUCAUUUGGGAGAUGGCAUUCGUGAAAGCAGCACCCCAAAGUCAAGCCUCAGGGCCCACAAGGUGUGGUACGGAAUCAGAUGUUUUGACACCUGAUCAACGGUACCUGGUGACUACAGAGUAUGCUGCUUCGAGGCCCUCCACGACACUCCCGACAGAAGGAACUAUAUCUGGAUUGGCCUUGAGGCUGGUGAAUGGUGGAAACCGAUGCCAGGGACGUGUGGAGGUCCUGUACGGCGGCUCCUGGGGCACUGUGUGCGAUGACGGCUGGGACACCAACGAUGCCAACGUGGUCUGCAGGCAGCUGGGCUGUGGCUGGGCUCUGUCUGCCCCAGGGAAUGCCCGGUUUGGUCAGGGCUCAGGGCCGAUUGUCCUGGAUGAUGUGGCCUGCUCUGGGCAUGAGUCCUCCCUGUGGAACUGCGGCCACCGAGGUUGGCUCUCCCAUAACUGUGGACACCAGGAGGACGCAGGAGUCAUCUGCUCAGGUGUCCCGUCUUCCACAGAGACUCCCACCCCAGGUUGGUGGCCUAGAACAACUCCCAUCUAUGAUUGGUGGACUACAACAACUCCUUACUACGAUUGGUGGCAUCCAACAACUACUCCCCCUGGAACAACUGAUUUCAGUUUGGACCUGAGACUGGUGAAUGGAGGUCACCGGUGUCAAGGCCGGGUGGAGGUCCUGUACAGAGGCUCCUGGGGCACCGUGUGCGAUGACAGCUGGGACAUCAACGAUGCCAACGUGGUCUGCAGGCAGCUGGGCUGUGGCUGGGCUGUGUCUGCCCCAGGGAAUGCCCGGUUUGGUCAGGGCUCAGGACCGAUUGUCCUGGAUAAUGUGGCCUGCUCUGGGCAUGAGUCCUACCUGUGGAACUGCGGCCACAAUGGCUGGCUCUCCCAUAACUGUGUACACCCGGAGGACGCAGGAGUCAUCUGCUCAGAUGUCCCGUCUUCCACAGAGACUCCCACUCCAGGUUGGUGGCCUAGAACAACUCCCAUCUAUGAUUGGUGGACUACAACAACUCCUUACUACGAUUGGUGGCAUCCAACAACUACUCCCCCUGGAACAACUGAUUUCGGUUUGGACCUGAGAGUGGUGAAUGGGAGUAACCAGUGUGAAGGCCGGGUGGAGGUCCUGUACAGAGGCUCCUGGGGCACCGUGUGCGAUGACAGCUGGGACAUCAACGAUGCCAACGUGGUCUGCAGGCAGCUGGGCUGUGGCUGGGCUCUGUCUGCCCCAGGGUAUGCCCGGUUUGGUCAGGGCUCAGGACCGAUUGUUCUAGAUGAUGUGGCCUGCUCUGGGCAUGAGUCCUACCUGUGGAACUGCCGCCACCGAGGUUGGCUCUCCCAUAACUGUGUACACCAGGAGGACGCAGGAGUCAUCUGCUCAGGACCUACAAGUUCUCCUACUCCGUCAGUUGCUGCUUCCACCCUCAGCUACCCAAACGUGAAUUCCUGCGGAGGCUUCCUGGCCCAAUCGUCAGGAAACUUUUCUAGCCCAUUCUACCCAGGGAACUAUCCAAACAAUGCCAGGUGUGUGUGGGACAUUGAGGUCCCGAACAACUAUCUGGUGACUGUCAUCUUCAUAGAUGUCCGACUUGAAGGAGGCUGCAACUACGACUACAUUGAGGUUUUCGACGGCCCCUCCAGCAGCUCCCUGCUCAUUGCCAAAGUGUGUGAUGGGGCCACAGGCUCCUUCACGUCCUCCUCGAACUUCUUGUCAGUCCGCUUCAUCAGUGAUGGCAGCGUCACGCAGAGCGGGUUCCAGGCCGCAUUCUACUCCAUCCCUUCCAACGACAGCACCAGUCUGUUCUGUCUGCCGAAUCACAUGCAAGCCAGUGUGAACAGGGACUACCUCCAGUCCCUGGGCUAUUCUGCCGGGGACCUUGUCAUUUCUGGAUGGAAUGGGAACUACAGGUGUCAGCCCCAGAUAACUUGGAGCCACGUGAUAUUCACAAUCCCCUACACAGGCUGUGGAACCCUCAAGCACGUAGACAAUGACACCAUCAACUAUUCCAACGUCCUCAAAGCAGCUGUGACAAAUGGCAUCAUCAAAAGGAAGAAGGACCUCCUCAUUCAUGUCAGCUGCAAGAUGCUGCAGAACACCUGGGUCCACACCAUGUACAUCACCAACGACACCAUCCAGGUCAAGGAAGUGCAGUACGGCAACUUCGACGUGAACAUUUCCUUCUACACAUCCCCCUCUUUCUCCUACCCUGUGACCAGCAGCCCGUACUUAGUGGAUCUGGACCAGAGUCUGUACCUUCAGGCUGAGAUCCUGCAUUCGGACGCCUCGCUGGCCUUGUUUGUGGACACCUGUGUGGCUUCUCCAAACCCCAACGACUUCUCAUCUCUGACUUACGUUCUCAUCCGAAGUGGGUGUGUAAGGGAUGAAACCUACCAAACCUACUACUCGCCAUCACCCCGCAUCACCCGCUUCAAAUUCAGUUCCUUCCACUUCCUGAACCGCUUCCCCACAGUGUACCUGCAGUGUAAACUGGUGGUGUGCAGAGCGUACGACUACUCUUCGCGCUGCUACAGAGGCUGCGUGGUGAGAUCCAAGAGGGAUGUGGGCUCCUACCAGGAAAAGGUGGAUGUCGUCCUGGGACCCAUCCAGCUGCAGCCCCCUACCAAAGAGAAGAACCAGCCACCCUCAGACUCCACUUCCAACCAGCGCCCAAGGCCGUGACUCCCCAGGACUUGGGAAGCUUCUGCCGGUUCCCACUCAAAUUGAGCACCUAUUAUGUGCCAGGCACUGUGCUAUGCCUGGCCACACAGAGUAGAAUUAGACCUGGUUGCUAUCUUCCCCCAGGGCUCUAGGUCUCUGGGGCCCAUGUGUAGGGCUUGGGCAGAGUUCUGGCCUGGAAACAGACAGACCUGGCCCCUGUCUCUUCUGGGUCUGAACUGCCAGAACGCACACUUCUCAUCUGUAAAGUGAAAAUGCUAGCACGUCUCUUAGGACUGUUGAGAGGGUUCAAUAAAGUAAUGUUAAUCAAA